UAAACCGCGCCGGUUUAGGUUUAUCCAAUUUCGUAAUAGAAUUAGAUUCGGUCGCGCAUGACUGAGAAGAGCAGUCACGAUGGAGGAGAAGCCAGAUGAGAAUCAUCGCCGGCAGAUCUGCAACAGCUGUGACCGCCCAAAUCCGAUUUGUCUCUGCCACGUCAUACCAACGGAUCCAAUUCCGACGAAUACAGAGAUCAUCAUCCUCCACCAUCCCCACGAGUCACGCCACAAGCUCAACACCACACCUCUCCUUACCAAAUCAUUACGAAACGUCACCACAAUCCCCACCCGCCGUCUCCGCCGCCGCCACAUCUCCUCUGCCGGGGAACCCUCGGCCUCGUCAUCACCACCAACAAUCUACCUCUUCCCGUCUUCUCCUUCCUCCCCCGCCGUCACUAUAUCCGAAUUCAAAUCCCUAAACCUUGUAAACCAUCGAGAGAUCUCACAUUCGUCGCCGUUGAGGCUCAUCGUAUUCGACGCGACGUGGAAACACGCGAAGGAGAUGGUAAAGGCUAGCGAAGAGGUUCUAAGAGAAGCAGGAGCGGUUAGAGUGUGUCUGGAUACGGGAAUAGACGCAUCCGUGAGCGGAGGAACCAUAUACGACUCGGAGCUUGUGCUAAGGAAAGAACCAUUCGGAGGAUGCGUAACUACGGCGGAGGCAGUAGCACGGUGCUUGGGAGCCAUCGAACCGGACGGUGAAGAAAUCGAGAGGAAGCUGAUCAGUGUGCUGAAAGAGAUGGUGAGGUUACAAUCUAAGUUCUUAAAGCCCAUGAAACCAAGACCAAAGCUACUGAAGAAGGGAUUACAGAAACCACUUGAACAAGAAGAAUGAGUUUCUUCCUUAGUUUCAAAAUCAAUAGUUUAGCGAAAAUUUUGCUCUGUGAUUGUUGCUGGCAUUUUUGUUACAUGAGUCCAUUGUAUCAACUCGUUCUUCUAUAUCAUCAAUAGUGAUCAAACAGUUAUGUGAA